CCUGGGCGCAGGCGUACUCGUCUCCCUUCCAUCCUGCUUCCUGAGCCCUGGAGCUCGGGCCGGCACGGGUGGGCCUCGACAGCAGCGGUACCGGGGGCGGCAAUAGUGACAGCGACUGCGUGAGAGCCGGACGGAAAUGGUGAUGGCGAUGUCAGAUAGCGCGGCGAGCCGCCUGAGGCGACAGCUGGAGUCGGGAGGCUUCGAUCCGCGGCUGUACGUGAAACAGCUCUCGCAACAGUCGGACGGGGACCGGGACCUGCAGGAGCACCGGCAGCGCAUCCAGGCUCUGGCGGAGGAGACGGCGCAGAACCUGAAGCGCAACGUCUACCAGAACUACCGGCAGUUCAUAGAGACGGCCCGCGAGAUCUCCUACCUGGAGAGCGAGAUGUAUCAGCUCAGCCACCUGCUGACCGAGCAGAAGAGCAGCCUGGAGAGCAUCCCUCUAACCCUGCUGCCGGCCGCCGCCGCCGCCGCCGCGGGGGCCGCCGCCGCCUCCGGAGGGGAGGAGGGGGGAGGUGGCGCCGGGGGCCGCGACCACCUCCGGGGCCAGGCUGGCUUUUUCCCCAGCCCUGGGGGCGCCUCCCGCGACAGUUCCGGUCCAGGCGAGGAGGGAAAGCAACGCACUCUCACCACCCUGCUCGAGAAGGUGGAAGGCUGCAGGCACCUGCUGGAGACGCCGGGACAGUACCUGGUAUACAACGGGGACCUGGUGGAGUACGAGGCGGACCACAUGGCCCAGCUGCAGCGGGUGCACGGCUUUCUCAUGAACGACUGUUUGCUGGUGGCCACCUGGCUGCCCCAGCGGCGGGGCAUGUAUCGCUACAACGCCCUCUAUCCCCUGGAUGGUUUGGCCGUGGUCAAUGUCAAGGACAACCCGCCCAUGAAGGACAUGUUCAAGCUGCUCAUGUUUCCCGAGAGUCGCAUUUUUCAGGCAGAAAACGCAAAAAUCAAACGAGAGUGGCUGGAAGUGCUGGAGGAAACCAAGAGGGCCCUCAGUGAAAAAAGACGCAGGGAGCAGGAGGAGGCAGCGGCCCCUCGAGGGCCACCGCAGGUGACAUCCAAGGCCAGCAACCCAUUUGAGGAUGAGGACGACGACGAACCAGCUGCUCCAGAGGUAGAAGAAGAGAAGGUAGACCUCUCGAUGGAAUGGAUCCAGGAGUUGCCUGAAGACCUGGACGUUUGUAUCGCCCAGAGGGACUUCGAAGGGGCCGUGGACCUGCUGGAUAAAUUGAACCAUUACCUAGAAGAUAAGCCCAGUCCGCCUCCGGUAAAAGAACUGCGGGCCAAGGUGGAUGAGCGGGUCCGCCAGCUCACCGAGGUGCUGGUUUUUGAACUCUCCCCGGAUCGGUCCCUGAGAGGUGGUCCCAAGGCUACCCGGAGGGCUGUCUCCCAGCUCAUCCGGCUGGGCCAGUGCACGAAGGCUUGUGAGCUGUUUUUGAGAAACAGAGCAGCGGCGGUGCACACGGCCAUCCGCCAGCUUCGCAUUGAAGGCGCCACUUUACUCUACAUCCAUAAGCUGUGCCAUGUUUUCUUCACCAGCCUUCUUGAGACGGCAAGGGAAUUUGAGACAGACUUUGCAGGCACUGACAGUGGCUGCUACUCUGCCUUUGUGGUCUGGGCGAGGUCAGCCAUGGGCAUGUUUGUGGAUGCUUUUAGCAAACAGGUGUUUGACAGUAAGGAGAGCCUCUCCACAGCAGCCGAGUGUGUCAAAGUGGCGAAGGAGCACUGUCAGCAACUGGGUGACAUCGGACUGGACCUCACCUUCAUCAUCCACGCCCUUCUGGUGAAAGACAUCCAAGGGGCCUUGCACAGUUACAAAGAAAUCAUCAUCGAAGCCACCAAGCAUCGCAACUCCGAGGAGAUGUGGAGGAGGAUGAACCUGAUGACUCCGGAGGCCCUGGGGAAGCUCAAAGAGGAGAUGAAGAGUUGCGGGGUGAGUACCUUUGAGCAGUACACCGGGGAUGACUGCUGGGUGAAUCUGAGUUACACGGUGGUUGCUUUCACGAAACAGACCAUGGGCUUCCUGGAAGAGGCACUGAAGCUGUAUUUCCCGGAGCUGCACAUGGUGCUCUUGGAGAGCCUGGUGGAGAUCAUUUUGGUCGCUGUCCAGCACGUGGAUUACAGUCUUCGGUGUGAGCAAGAUCCAGAGAAGAAGGCCUUUAUCAGACAGAAUGCAUCCUUUCUGUAUGAAACGGUCCUCCCUGUGGUGGAGAAGAGGUUUGAAGAAGGUGUGGGGAAACCUGCCAAGCAGCUCCAGGACCUGAGAAACGCCUCCAGACUGAUCCGUGUGAAUCCAGAAAGCACAACGUCGGUGGUCUGAUGUCUGGACCUGUUUACGUGUCUACAUAUUGCUUAUAUAUUAUUUAUAUUUAUAUUAAGGUGUACUAGCAUAUUCUUUGUAGUCUCAAACACAGCCUCAAAGUAAAAGAUGCUUUCUCAUAUAGAAAUGCAAAGUCAAAAGGGGGAAGGAAAAAAUGUUAAAUUAAGCCCAUGUAACAAAAAACAUUGGAAUUAUUAAAAUAUAUGCUUUCCUUUUCAGCGAUGCUAACUCUCUAACGAGUAUAUUGCCACACUGUAGCAUUUCAGCUUACCCUUUGAGUCAAAACACACUUUCUCACAGUAUAUAUUAUGCAGCACAGAUAAACAAUAUCUAUACAUGCCUAGAGUUUAAAUAUGCUGUGAAAGUUUCCCAGUUCACUAAGAUGUUAGGUUUCUUAAAGAGCACAGUAAAGCACGCUGUUUCACAUACUUCUGCACCUUAAAAUGUGAUUGAACGAUUUGGAGAAAAGAAAGGAGUUGAGAAAAUUGAUUUUAGGGUAAAUUUUGAUCAGAAGAAUGCCUUCUAGUUGGUGUAGCUGGCGUGUGGACUCGAAUACUCGGAUUCUGGUUGAAUACAAGAGGAAGCUGUCAGACGGUUCGGCCCAUGUUGCCGGUGUAAUUUAAAUGGCUAAUUAGUUUCAGCUGCUGAUUAGCAGCCUUAUAGUACUUGAUUUCAGAGCAUUUACUGGGAAAUCUUAAGGACUAUGAUAAGUAUGUUUUUUUUUUGUUUUGUUUUGUUUUUUUUUUUUUUUUACAGAUUUCUGAGUCUGAAGUUCCAGCUGGAGCUUUUGUCUUUAUCGUCUUAAAGAAAUAAACAUAGCAAACAGGACACAUCCGGGAACCUGGCAGCAGCCAGUGAUGUUAGCUGUCCUCGCCCACUUUCAUUGUGGGUCACAUAUAGCGGCUCAGACGUCUUGCAAAUGGGAGAAAAGUCUUCACUGACAUGUUUAUUUAGAUUUCAGGGCCUGGGUGGGCGGGAAGUUAGGAAAAAUCAUGUGCAAACCCUGUCAUGUUCUCAAGUAUGACUGCUUUGAGCAGAGAUUUGUUUUCUUUUUAAUUUUUUUUUUUUUUGAGAUUUGUUUUUCUUUUCUUUUCUUUUCUUUUCUUUUCUUUUCUUUUCUUUUCUUUUCUUUUCUUUUCUUUUCUUUUCUUUUUGGCAGCCAAGUGGAGAACAGAAAAGUGAGACAGUGUGCACAAAGAGGGGAAAAGAAAAACCUUUGGUGAUUCCUACUGACAUGCUCCAUGCUGCCUUUUUCUUGUUUUUUGUUUUGUUUUGUUUUGUUUUUAAUUUGUGUUUCAAAAUAAGUAUAAUGCUUACUUCGUAUUGUUUAGUAAAACAAAAAUAACUAAAGAAAUUUGAGCUUCCCAAGGUUUCUAAACUGUAACUUUUAUUGUAAAUUGAUUAUAUAGCAUUCCUCAUACUUGGAGACCCGCCUUUCCCCAGGCUUCUAGUUGUGGCUCUUGUCCAUAAGUGGUAUUUCUGAUGCCGGAUGACUUCAAAAGGUCACUUCUUUUAUCUGAAUAUAAACACGGGUAUUAAGACUGUGGAAAUUGUGUAAAACCUAAAACAGCUUCCAUUUGCAGCUUAGGGUUAUAAAAGCUCCUUGACUUCAUUACUCAUAUGCCAGACGAACCUUUUCUUUUCUUUCUCGGUGUGCAUAUUUAAAAGGUUGAAAUGAUCAAAGUUACAGAUUCUCUUUGAUUUUUUUUUUCACACAGCUUUAGCGUUUUCUAGAUAAUAACCAAACCUGGAUAUCUCAGUUGGACAAAACAGUUAUAAUCUGUCUUUUUUUUUUUUUUAAGGAUCGCUGGAAACUUGAAUUUGAAAAUUUUGUGAUUAUUUUGUGCCACUUACAGUUUCUAUAAUUAUAUUGUAUGAAACCCGUAGUGUGUAAAUAUUUGAUGUGGGGCGCCUGAAAUACUUCUGAAAUCAAAACUUCUCUUAAGGCAUGAAGUUGUAAAAACCUCAGUGUGUGUACUCGGAUGCUUAAAUGGUUGCCUCUUCGUAGAACUGUCUGCUUUAAAACUGGAAGUACAGAAUUCUCUUCUGUCAAAGGCUGCGUGUUCCUUAAAGUUGUGGCUGAAGAAGUAUGCUCUGGGUGAAUCAGUUAGUGUGGGGAGUGGAUUAGACCUUCAAAGUUACGAAGUAUGUCUGUGCCCAGACAGAGCAAUUUCGCUGCAUUCCUCCAAGUGGGGUCAGAGUUCUUCUCUCUAGCUUUGUGUUUCAUUAGACUCCAACACAAGGUCUGAAAGUUGGAUGCGGUUAGAGAUCGUCCCCAAAUAUAGUACAUACUGUAUUCCACCACUUACACGUUGAUUGCCUUUUCUCAGUUGCUUCCAACAUAACACUGUCACUUGAACGUGGAAUCACAGACUUGACUGAAUUAAUUGCUGUUCUGAAAAAAUACACCCUGUGGAAUUAAGUCUUUUUUGAUUAAAGCCUCAUUUCACUUAAGUGCUGAAAACUCACUUAUUUUUGUUUAAAAUACUACCUAUAGUUAAGUCAUUGGCACUUGUAUUUUGCAAUAUGCUUACAUAAGACUGGGAAUUCGGGACUUGACACAUAGUGUAAAUUCAGUUUGUGUACAUUUUGCUUAUUGACAUGCUGUGAUCUGAGGGAAUCUGAGAUGUUUUACCAAAAUAAAGCUUAAAUUUUUUCUUACACUGGAUAAAACUGAUUGGUAUUACAGCAUUAUAUCUAUUUCUCUUCUUUAAUCAGGAUUUAAUAUUCUUACGUUCAUGCUACUGAAUUGUUUUCAGAGAUUAUGUUGGUUUUUUGUUUUUCUAUAUGAGGAUAAGUAUGAAACUGUAUUUUAGAUAAGUGUUCUGCUACUGUCAGAAUUGUGAAUUAAGUCAGAUCACAACUUUUUAGGAUUGCCCCGUAUGGGAAAUUCCAGGUACACAAAAUGUGAAUUUACUCUAAAAAGUGGGUUUUAUAUCAUCUUUAAAUGAAGAAAAUACCAUGUGGCCAUAUGACCUAGGAACUAGGACCAUAAAUAACAGGGGAUUUCUUCUUAGAAAAAAAGUAAUAUGUGGAUAUUGAGGGAACUGUCACAUAAAAUUGAUUAAACAGUGUUUAUCAAAUGCCAUUUCUCACAUUAACUAAAAGGUGGGGUGGGGAGGACAAAAUAAAGUUAAGCAUGCUCUCUCUUAAUAUGCCUAAAGAUUGGAGAAAAAAAGAGACUAAAAACUUAGGAAAAGUAAAUUAACAAAUUAAAGGCAAAACAAUGUGUUGCAAAUUAAACAAAAUUUAAAUAAUUGAAUAAUUGUAAACUCUGCAAAAAGCAAAACCCCAAAAACGUGUGUGUUGCAGUUUGAGUGCUGUGGGGGGUGCUGAGCAGGGACAGAUGGUGUUAUUUUGAGGAGUUCUGAACGUCUUUGUGAAAUUGUUGGUCUUGGAGCUGGUCCUGGACGGAGGCUAGAUGUGCAAGUUAGAUGUGCUAGGAAGGUGGGACAGGGAGCGUGAGCAGAGACAUGGAGGCACUGGUGGAGACCUGCUCCUGGUAGAUGUGAGGCGGGAAGCCCCAUAAAAAGGACCCCUAAGCAGGGCCACUACUCUCCCGCCAGCACCAUCCAGUUACCUGGCCCAGAAGCUCUAUCUCACUUUUUGCCUCUGAAACUGCUUACUUACCCCUAAAAUUCUAUUGGUUCCUUGAACUCACUUCUGAUUGGUUAUUUCCUUCACUCCUGAUUGGUUAUUUCUCUCACUCCUGAUUGGUCCUUCUCCCUCACUCCUGAUUGGUUAUUUUUUCCCUCCUGAUUGGUCUAUUUCUACAAAGCUUGUUCCUAGUUGGUCAACUUUUGUUAUACUUUAUUUGCAUAUGAUGUUGCAAAGUGUAAACUGGCAGCCUAUAAAGGCCUGUGUAACCCUACAGACGGGGUCCAGAGACUCCUCUGGGCUUGCUAGUGUAAUAAACCUGAGUUCUCCAA